AUGGCGCAGGUCCAGAUGCAGGAACUGCUCGUCAGUGCCUCUCUCGUGGGCAAAAUCGACAAGCUCCGUGAGAUCAAUGUCGGCAAGCAUGUUCCGCUACCCCAGCUGGUCGUGGUAGGCGACCAGAGCUCGGGCAAGUCCUCGCUCCUCGAGAGCCUGACGGGCAUCCCGUUCCCGAGGGAUGUGGAGCUCUGCACGCGCUUCGCAACACAGAUCACGCAGCGUCGCGACGACAUCUCUCGCGUCGAGGUCAGCAUCAUCCCCGGGCCCAAUGCGUCCGAGGCGCAUAGGAAGCACGUAGAGGGGUACCGGACGGACGGGCUGUCCCCCGAUGACUUCCGUGCCAAGUUCCCAACUGUCUUGCAAGAGGUCAACGUGAGAAUGGGUAUUCAGAUGGGCCGUAGACCCGACUCGGGCUACGCAACGGACGAGUAUGCGUCCGACGGUGACGCUUCUAACGGGGAUACCACUGCGGCAGCGCCGGCCGCAAAGCAGGCGGGUGCACAAGGAGGCAGCGUGUUCAGUGAGGACGUGCUCAAGAUCGAGAUCUGCGGUCCGUCGGUCGACUACCUGACCGUGAUCGACGUUCCGGGCAUUUUCCGCACGCCGACACCGGGGAUGACGACGGCGGAGGACAUGGCCAUGGUCAGGAGGAUGGUACGCUCGUACAUCCAGGACAGCCGGACCGUCAUCCUGGCCGUGCUCCCCAGCAACGUCGACGUCUCCACCCAGGAGAUCCUGACCAUUGCGGAGGAGUACGACCCCAAGGGGGAGCGCACACUGGGCAUCCUGACGAAGCCCGACCUCGUAGUCGAGGCGAGCGCCAAGGAAGCGGUCUGCAACAUUGUGCGCGGGAAAAGGAAGAAGCUCACGCUGGGGUACUACCUGGUCAGAGGCCGCGGCGCGGACCAGGGCGACUCGGACUUUGCCCGACGCGAGGACUUGUUCAAAGAGAAGCCGUGGAACACCCUCCCCCCCGAGCGGGUGGGCAUCCGGGCACUCAAGGCGCGUCUGGCGGAGCUCUUGGGGCACAUAGCCCGGCGUGAGUUCCCGAAGUUGCGAAAGGACAUUGGCGACAUGCUCCAGGCUGCGGAACGGGAGAUGACGGCGCUCGGCCCGUCGAGGAGGGACGAGCACGAGCAGCGGCGGUUCCUGAGUGGUAUUGCGGGCAGGUUUCAGGAACUCGUGAGGCAGACGCUCGAAGCGCAGUACGCGGGCGAGAGCGCGUUCGAGAACUCGACAGAGCUCCGGCUCGUGACGCAGAUUGUCAACCUCGCCGACGAGUUUAAUCAGGAGUUCGAGGAUAAGUCGGUUCUUCGCCGGUUCCAGGACACCAUGGACGAGGAAGAAGAUGACGAGGCCGGGCGCUGGCAGAGCAAGACUGGGACAAACGCCAUCCUGGAGUUUGCGCAACACAUCGACCCGGAAGACUUCCCCGAGCUGGAGCGUAUCAUCAGCUCCGACUUCGACGUGGACGAGCCGGACGACGACAUCAUCUACUGGCUCGGCGAGCUGUAUGCGCGGUCGCGAGCGAUGGAGCUGGGCAGCUUCAGCAGCGCCGUGUGGGCGAGCGCGUGGAGGGAGCAGUCGAGCAAGUGGCCGAACUUGAGCAAGGCGUUCAUGAGCCGGGUCGUGGUGGCCAUCCACCGGUUCAUCAUGGCGGCGCUCCGAGAAGCCUGCCCGGACCCCAACGUACGCGAGGAGCUGUGGUCGGCCAUGCUCGAGGAGCUGCUGCGGCGUUACCAGGAGGGCAUGGCCCAGGCCGAGCUCCUCGUGUCGGCGGAGCGGGACACCAAGCCGUACACGUUGGACCACCACUUUAACGAGAGGCGGCAGCGGUCCCGCGGCAACCGCAUCGCGGACCGUCUGUAUCACCUCUCGGUCAAGGACGAUGGCAAGAGGUGGGUGACGGUGGACCAGGUUCAAAACUCGACCGAGAAGAUGUCGAACAAAGACGACGUGAUCGAGAAGCUGCACGACGACCUCGGCGCUUACUACGAGAUCGCGCAGAAGCGGUUCGUCGAUAACCUGCUCAACCAGGCGGUCAACUACCGGCUGCUCUUCGGGCCCCGCACGCCGCUCCGCGUCUUGAACCACGAUUGGGUUAUCGGGCUGAGGGCAGAUGAGCUGGAAGCGAUCGCGGGCGAGUCGCCGAGCAAUAAAGAAUGCUCCGCCACUGUGACGACGGCAGCAUCAAUGUCAGCCCUUUCCAAUGGCGUCGCCAGUACCACAGCAAUCAAGAUGUCUGCCGUCAAUAACAGCAACGGCAGCAGCAGCAACAGCAACAGCGGUAGCAGCAACAACAGGAGCAGCAUACCGUCUCGUACCCGCGCCGCCACCAUGACCACCACCGCCGCCGCCGCCGCCGCCGCCGCCACCGCUACCGCUACAGCAGCCUCGAGAAAGGACGAUGCUGACCCCUCCGCCGCCCUCCGCGCCGCCACCACCCCCUCCGAGAUCCGCGCCGCCCUCUCGGCCCUCCACGCCCGCGAAUCCGCACUCACCGCCCGCCUCGACGCGCUCGUCUCCGCACAGGCCGACCUCGCCCGCUCGCUCUCCCGCCUCGACAACCUGCGCGCCGGCCUGGGCGCCCAGCUGCUCGCGGUGCGCAACAUCUCCAACACCAUGCUGUCGCCCGCCGCCGACACGGCCGCCCGCCUGUCGGGCCGCGUGCGCGCCCUCGACCUCGAGAAGCAGCGGGUCGAGGACACGCUGCGGGUGGUCGAGCAGGUCGCCGAGCUCAAGGCCUGCGUCGCCGGCGUCGUCGGCAGCAUGGGCGCCCCCCAGGACUGGGAGGCCGCGGCUGGCUACAUCAGCCGCGCCUCUCGCGUGCCCGACGCCAUCGUCCGCGGCGGGUUCGCCGCCGCCGUCGUCCCCACCGUCGAGGUCCCCGACCCCCCCUGGGUCACGCUCGAGCAGGCCCGCGAGAGCCUAUGCGCCCUGUUCCUGCGCGAGUUCAAGAAGGCCGCCGCCGAGAACGACGCCGCCAAGGUCACCCGCUUCUUCAAGCUCUUCCCCCUCAUCGGGAGGGGCGACGUCGGCCUCGACGUCUACGGCCAAUACGUCUGCCAGGGCGUCGCCGGCGAAGCCCGCGCCUCCCUUAGGGAAGGGGCGUCCGGCCCCGGCGGCGGGCCCGGCCGGAAAGACGGCGUCUUCUACGCCAACGCGCUCACCAGGCUGUUCGACCACAUCGCGCGCAUCGUCGAGGCCCACGGCGGCCUGGUUGAGAGGCACUACGGCACGGGCAAGAUGGUCAAGGUCAUCGAGCGCCUGCAGAUGGAGGCCGACGUCCAGGGCGGCAUCAUCCUCGACUCUUGGAGCGACGACAGGACCAUCGACCGGCGCCUGACCGACGUCAAGAGCUACCCUUUUACUUUCUUGGUCCAGAGCUACCUGCCCCAGCGGGGCUUUGGAGGGACCCCACGGGUCAACUCUCCGGCGGCUGGUGGUGGUGGUGGUGGUAGUAGUGGUGGCGCCGCCGGCAAUGACGCGCGCAAUAGCGAAGACGAGGGCGUCAACACCAAAGAGGUGGACGCGCUGCUGGUCGAGAUCGCCGUCAUGCUCGAGAAGUGGUCCGUCUACUCGCGGUUCCUCGCCGCCAAGUGCAGGGACCCUACCUCUCCCGACGACGCGCCGCUCACCCUCCCCGACCUCCUUGUCAAAUCCAACCUCAGCCGUAAGGUUGCCGGCAAGCUCAUCGAGCCGUACAACACGCUGGCGACCUUCUUCUUCCGCCGGUCCGUCGAGAAAGCGUUCCAGCUGGACGAGUCCCCGGCCGGUCUGUCGUUGAACAUGAGCAAGCCGAUAGACAGCAACCCGCCAUACAUCAUCUCGGCCGUCGACGUCGUCAUGUACAUUGUCAACACCAUCAUCCGCAGGUCCAUCUCGACGUCCCAGCGAGCCGUCGUCGACUCGGCCGUUGGUGCGAUAUCCAGCAUCCUCGGGUCCAACUUUGUCGGCAUGAUCCAGCGCAGGAUGCGUCACGAGUCCUACCCGAAACCCGCGGUCCAGGGCAACCUCCCGCCCGAGCACCUCAUCGUCUCCUUCAUCGUCCUCAUCAACAGCCUCGACAUGGCCAACGAGUACCUCGCCCGCAUCGUCUCCAACAUCCUCGAACCCGCGGACCAGCACCAGCACCAGCACCAGCACCAGCCCAACGGAGCGCCGGGCCACCGGGCCGGCCCCCUCCGAGACGCAUUCCCCUUCCACAACGACGCGGCCGAGGUCGCCGCCCGCCUGGCCAGCCUCAACACCUCCUUCUCCUCCGUGUCGACCGAGCUGCUCACCGAGGGCGUCCGGGUCCUCUUCAGCCAGGUGGUCAAGCCGCGGCUGCGGCCGGUGCUGACGGACGCCUUCCGGGACGCCGACUACGCACUCAACGAGGACGAGCUGGCGGAGCUGGCGGCGCAGACGGACCGGACCGAGGACGAGCUGCUGGAGCAGGUGGCGCGCACGUUCGAGCGCGGCUGGGACGCGCUGAUGCGGCCGCUCGCCCGCCUCAUGACGCCCCGCACCUACGCCGCCCUGCUCGAGCUGACGGCCGACCACCUGGCCCGCGUGCUCGAGAAGCGCGCGUGGAGCUACGCCGGCGGCCGCACCAGCCCCUACGGCGCCAUCCGCAUGGAGCGCGACUUCAGCGGCAUCGUCCUCAUGGUCGCCAACAUGGAGGACGAGGAGUGGGACGAGCUGAUGGCCGAGCACGGCCUGGACGACGGCGGUAUGGAGUGGGUCCUGACCGAGGAGGAGAGGAGGAGGGCCAGGACCAUUGUCAAGAGCUACUAA